GUUGAGUUGGAGGUUAAGUUGACAGAAGUGUCAUGAUGGAUGUACAUUGUAUCAGUGUAGCAGUUAUUUUUAUCGAGCAGUAUCACCUUUAAAAUCUCUGUGUAUUCUUAGUCUACAGUAUCUUCUUAAAAACAUUUAUAUGGAACCAGUGUUUCUCAGAAGGUCAAGGAAAUAAGGUGUAUUUUAAAUCAAACCUUCAUCUUUCCUAUUCGUUGGUUUCUUGUAAUUCAUUCAAGUUGUUGUUAAUAUAUUUUAUGUUGGAUGAUAAAAGAGCAUAUAUAGAUGUCUUUUCCCUGCACGUCAUAUGGCUAAUCCAUUUGACGAAACAAUAUUAGAAGGAUUUAUAUGUCCAAAAUGUAUGGUUACGUUCGGAACUCCUGAUUUACUGAGCCAACAUUUCAAAGUAGAACAUCGAAGUAUCAAUAUCCCAGAAAAUGGAGAAUGUUUAUCUGUAACUAAUCCUGUACUCAAGACACAAGCAGAUCUAAUUACCUCAUCUGCAUUUUAUGAUCGAAAGAAUGAAAUUCAAUCAAUUGGCGUUUAUCAGUCUCUGACGCCAAAAUUUAUGCAGUUACGAAAAAACCAUAUUAAUCGCAGUUCAUUAGAAACAAACCGUUUGUUAAUACGUUUGGAAAAAUUAAUUGACGUAGCGGAAACACACGAAAGCGAUCGAAAAGUAUUUGAACAAACCAUUGUACCGUGGAUUGAUGCUAAGGUAGACCUUUGUCCAUGCUGUGGUAAGGGAUUUGGUUUAGGCGCUGAAAUGGCUUUCCCAGAUGAAGAUGACAUGUACUUGAAUUCAUCGGAAAACAAUGCGAGCAUUUUUAGGUUUUGGCCUAACAAAACUAAUGUCACUCGUUUGACAAAUACUAUUCUAGACUAUAAUCCUGUAUACCGCAGGCGACAUCAUUGCCGUUUAUGUGGUUAUGUUUUGUGCGCCGACUGCAGUUAUUUUAUUUCUAUACAUAAUGCUCGUGGUCUUCUACAUGCUCUUAACGGACAAGAUUUAGAUCUUUUUCCGGUUCCUUCGAAUGCAUCCGAUGCUAAUGAUCAUCCAAAUUAUUUAUUUGAAUCAGAAGUUAUUUUUCGGAAAGGAAGUAUUUCUGCUUCCCAAAACGUUUUCUCCAUAGCAAGUUCUUAGUUCUUGUUAGAUAUGAGUCAUUUCCAGGAAGAUAUUGUUUUGAUCGCUUCCCAGUUCUUCAGGUCCAAAAUAUAACCAAGCAUGUAUAUAAUAAAUUCAACGUUUGGACUAAAUGACUGAAAGCUUCAGUACGAGUGUAUUUUAGUGAGAUAUUUUCACUUAAAACAAGUGAGAUACAAUUGUUGUAAAUAUUUAGUGGACAUUUUAUUCUGAUACUUUGUUGAACAUAUUUAUAGGACCAUAAACGUUAACUUGGGAUAAAGAUUAAACUUAACUGGAGUUGUUUGUGUGAUCUUCGUGAAAAUUGCCAAGGUCAUUUCUAUUGAUUCUUUCAAGACUAUUGACCAUGAAUUUGUGAAUUUGAAGGCUCAGAAUCCUGUUAGUUUUACUUGCUCAGCCAGAUGUUGCGUGUAUACAUUGGCUUGGUUUCCGUAAUCAUCCCCAGAAUUAAACUCAUUUAUUUCAACAAAAAAUGUGGAUUAAGAUGUGCUGUUUUUGAAGUUAUUUCAUAUUUGAUGAUUGUGUAGAUAAUCAGGGAAAUAAGUAUGCAUACGUCAAAAGCAAGUUUUCGACUUAUAGGAUUCUAUGAUUCUGUGAAAGAGUUUUCUAUUAUUAAAAUAAAUCCAAAGAAUGCUGAUCGAUAGACAAAAAUUCUAUUAUACGAUGCGGCAAAGUGAUGGUUACUCACGAGAUUGAAUUAUUGACGUUAACCAUCAAGCGAUCAAUAAUGAGAUCAAAAAAUGAGACUACUUGUGUAUGCUACUUAUGUUAGCGUAUGUAAGUAGUAUGUAGCACCAGUAGAAAGUGGAAUGUUUGCGAGCAGAAGGUUGAGGAGAUUGAAAUGAAGAGAAGAGAGAACGGAACCGAAGGCAAUCAAUACAACAUCAGGAAUGAAGGAACAAUAAAGCUUCUAAGAGAUAAUUCGAAGAUGUGCAAAUGACGUAUUUGAUGGAUGAUUUUCACAUUUUUCUAAACUACUGUGUGAUUGUUCAUUAGUCAUAAACUGGGCUUCCGCACUUGAGUCCAUCGUUCAAUACACUGGCCAGAAAUAUGGAUUCCCAUCUAACAAAAUAUCAUACUUGUAUACAAACUGUUGACACAAAAUAAAUAUGACAAGACAUCCUAAACAUUUGUAGGAUAUCAGUUUUGAAGAUCCUUCGCUCUUUAAUGAAUUGAGACGUACUUUUUAUCAGCGUCAUUUUCUAGUCUGAAAGAUAAGGUUUUCAGUCAAAUUUCUUGUAUAUUGCAGAGUGAAAAAUCAAAAUGGAUCUAUUAGAAUAUUUUUAAUCAUAAUCUCUGUCCCAAAACACCACUUGUAAUGCCUCCUGAAAAUAUAAAGUCAAGUAACGUAAUAUGUCGGUCGUUUUCGUCAUAUCAUGUAAAAUCGGUAACGAUUAGAGUAAAUUGUCAAGUUUUUCCAUCAUCUAGGAUAAAUGUUCUGAAUUUGUUUCUUACUAGUUGCGGAUUGCUCAUCGAUUAUUGACAGCUCUUAUAAAUAACUUCUUAAUUUCUUUUUUAUUCUGGAAUCACAAGUAAUUAUCAUCUCUUUACCAUUCUAUUGUUUAGGUUAUGAGUUGCGUAUAUGUCCUAUUUGUGUAAACAUUUUGAAGAGGAAAGUUAGUAGUUUGAAAACGUUACCGAUCAAUACCCCAAUUAUCCAAAUGCAUAUAGUGAGUAACUGUUUUAUGUUUUUCAUCAUGCAUUGUUUAUACCUGGAAUAACGGAUAUGAUUAGAUAAAGUAAUAUCCCUAUCAAGUUAUUCCAUUAUUUGAAUUCAGCCGAAACCAUACCUUUUUGUCUCAAUUAAAAACAGACUAUUAUUAUUAUUACUAACAAACUCAAUGCAUUCAAGAUAAAUCUCAAUAACAGGUUCCAAGCCUUACGCGACCUACUGAAAAAAAAGAAACUUCUACUGAGGGCAACUGGAAUGGGAUCAAAGAAGCACAGACUUCAGCGCGCUAAGAGGUGCUGGGCCUCAAGAAGCAUCAUCAUAAAAGAUGGGUCUCUAUGGGAACCAUAGACAAGAUUCAAGAAAGGAAGAACUAGAAGACAGUAAUGAAUAACAGCCGUAUAAGAACAGAGAAAGUCAAGGCAAAAGCUGGAUACACAGAAGCAAAUAAGCAAGUGAAGAAAAGCAUUAGAGCCGACAAGCAGAAAUAUAUGGAAGAGCUAGCAACGACAGUGGAAAAAGCUUGAAGAGGAUAAAAUAUGAAACAACUAUAUGAUACGAUGAAGAAAGUAGCAGGGAACUAUAACAAACCAGAGAGAUAGGUCAAGGACAAACAGGGAAAGUCAAUCACAGAAAUUCAAGAGCGAAGAAACAGAUGGGUGGAACACUUCGAGGCACUUUUGAACAGACCAGCUCCACUGAAUCCACCGGAAAUCGAAGCAGCAUACACAGACCUUCCUAUUGAUGUCACUCGACCAACGAUCGAAGAAAUCAGGAUGGCCACCAGACAAAUCAAGAGUGGGAAAACGGAAUUCAAAGAAUUAAUGAAAA